AUGGAGUGUCCUUCCUGCCAGCACGUCUCGGUCGAGCAGGCGGCCAAGUUCUGCAGCCAGUGUGGGACCAGCCUCGCUGCCCCCGCGCCAGCUCCUGAGACUCCAGAUGGGGAGAUGGAACAGGGAAUGGAACUGAGGGAUGACGGAAGCCGGGGCAAAGGUGGACCAAAGAACCAAGACAAGCCCUGCCCGGAUUCUUCCUGGACUGUCCAGAUGUGUGCAGGGCAUGCGUGCGGCGUGCUCGGGAAGCAUGUGGUGUGCACAGACUUGGCAGGUCAUGAGCGACAGAGCAAGAAGAAAAAGAAGAAGUCCAUUGCUGCAUAUGAUCCAGGCUCCUCGUCCAUACUGUUCUUGACCUCCGGCAGCCUGGGUUCUCUCUCACUCCCGGCGUCUGUGGACCCAGCCCUGAGUGGAGGCCCAAAUCGGAAGGAUGGUGUGAGCUGCCAGCCCCCAUUAGGUGGUGCCAGCACCGAGACUGACCAGGACAGAGGGAGACACUGGUCCCCUACCACCAAUGCUGACACCCUGUGUGACCAGGGUGCCGUGAGCCCCCAGAGCCCUUCUGAUGGGGCUGACAUCAGAGACAACCAGGGUGGCGUGAGCCCCCAGACCCCUUCUGGAGGUGCUGACAUCAAAGGCGACCAGGAAGGAUUGAGCCCCAAGACCCCUUCUGGAGGUGCUGACAUCAAAGGCAACCAGGAAGGAUUGAGCCCCAAGACCCCUUCUGGAGGUGCUGACAUCAAAGGCAACCAGGAAGGAUUGAGCCCCAAGACCCCUUCUGGUGGUGCUGACAUCAGAGGCGACCAGGAUAGAGUGGGCCCCCAACCCCCCUCCAACAGAGCUGACACCCGGUGUGACCUGCACCCACCCAAACUGGAGGUCAGGAGCCAGCAUUUAGGCCUGGGCAGGUCACAGCUGGAGGGAGCUGGCUCCCCAGAGCCCCGAAAGGCAGCUGGGGCCAGUGGCUGCCCUGUGACAGAUGUGCUCCCCGGGGCUCGGGGUGCUGUGGAGGGAGACCUGGGCUCCCAGGCUGUCCCUGAGUCUGUGCUACUGCUCAUCUGGGUUGCCAAGCCCUCGGCCCCCUGUUGCACCUCACCCUUCUGCUCUACCCUGCUGCUGACGCUACGCCUGUGUUUCUUCCAGGCCAAUGACCCUCCAGCCAAGCCAGCCCAUGAUGUGAAAGGGGUCAAGGACAAUAAGAACAAGUCGAAGAAGGAGAAGGCACCAGCAACAGCUGAGACCCAGGAUAGAACAGCAAUUCCUGGAGCAAACACAGCAGAGAGCAAGACAGCUCAGCCGGCAGACGACAAGAAGAAGCCAGAAGGGAGCAGAACCACUGCAGCGGCAGAGAAGAAGGACAAGAAGCCAAGUGCCCAGAAAGAGAGCACGGGGGCUCUGGGAAGCUCGCUCAGCCCUGGUGAGGGAGUCAUGGUAUACUUCCAUGCCAUCAUCUCAAAAAAUUUCUCCUUCAACUGUGACCAACAUCAGAUAGUCAUAAAAGGUGGAGAAGAGCUGGGGACGCCAAAGUGGAACGUGCAUGUCUGCGAGAUGAACUUCGCCAAAGACUUGGGCGAGCAUGGCUGCCUCGUCGAAGGCAGCACCUUCAUUUCCAAGCAGCACCUGGACAAGUUCAUUCCGUACAAGUAUGUGAUUGUGAAGCAUAACAAGGAGGAGUACGAGUUCAUCUACAAACCUCAGCAGAAGGAAGGAGAGCAUGUCAACCGCUGUCUGCACAUCAAGGCUUCACUCGUGCGUUCAGGAGAGUGGCAUCAGUAUGAUGAUAUAAUCUGCACAAGGCCGCCUGGUCCAAUUAAGAAGUUCUGGAAUAUUUUCACGGCCAAUGAAAAGAAAAGUGUGGUGAAUGGCAAGCAGAUUGCAGCAGCCAUCAUGCUGGAGAGAGUCUUCAGCAUUCUCCAGACCUGGAAUGCCAUCAACUUAAAGAGCUUUUUCAUCCAGUUCUGGCAGUAUUAUGAUGUUGUCCAAGCACCGAUUGUCUAUGAAGGAGGACCACAGUCGUGGAGCUCUUUCCUGCAGUACGAUGAGAAGAAGGUGGAGAGAGACCUAUGGAAUUAUUUGAGAAAAAAAGUGGAUCUUUUUUUGCAAAGUCACCAUAAGAAGGACCUGCCUGAUGACUGGCCAGUGAGGAGUGGACUGAGAAUGGGCCUCAUUGCCCUGUUUGCAGUGGAAGACUGGAGAGGAUUCUUGGUAAACCUGUGCCGGAGGUGCAUCCGUAGAAGGAUGGACUGUUGGAUCCUCACACUGCCCGUGCUGCACCACUGUGUGGGGCCAGCCCCCCCCAGGAAGGACAUACCACCUGAGGACAUCUGGGCAGCUCUUGAAGGCCUGUCCUACUCACAAUUCCGUGAGGAAAGAGCAGACCAUAAGUCAUUGCUCUCGCUCAUGGAGGGGAGUCAGCAUCUGCUGAGUGUGGACAGCUGUCUGUUCCGGUCCUGGUUCAGUCUGCUGCCUCUGUUGGCCCUGCCUAACUACAUGGAGACCACGGUUGACUACCUGAUCGUGUCCCCAGCACGCUUCCUGGACUGCUUCCUUGGGGUUUACUACCGGCUUCGGGACCUCCAGGAAAUCUCAUACAGAAAGGAAGAGCAGGAUAUCAUCCAGGACAUUUUGAAAGUGCUCCUGCACCUGCUGGAUGCGAACCUGAGCUCGGCUCCCGAGGCAACCCUCUUCCAGUCCUACUUGACCGUCUGCCUGAAGAUCCACGAAGCCAUGUGCAAAGCCACAAAAGCUGUCAGGUUCUAUGAGAUUCCUGCCCUGUCUGCAGAGAUUGUUUGCAGAAUCAUUUCCCUUCAGCCUCCAGUGGAGUCGGCAGAAGCACAGGACAAUGGGACCGAAAGGAAGGAUUCUGUAAAAAUGGUGUUCCAGGAAGCUCUCACCAUGACCAAGAGCUGGCUUGGAAAGCUUUUUGCAGACAGAAUGUUCCGGAGUGGAUUUUCGGGUGUCUCAUUUAGUUAUCUGAAGGAGAUUGAGGUCUGGAGGCGGCUGGUGGAAAUCCCUUUUCCUGAGGAGCACAGCUGGAAGGAGGCGUUGUUGGAGGACAUGGAAGGAAGAAUCAAGCAGGAGAAACCGCUCUUACAGAUCUCUGCCUACUGCAGUGCCACCUGGGAUGCCGCUGACCACAGUGACAGCGUGACAAAGAGCUUUGAGAAGUGUCUCAUUGAAGCUGUGAGCUCAGCCUGCCAGGCUCAGACCAGCAUCCUUGAUAGGCUGACUGUCCAUGACCAGCGGAAAUUCGGCACCUUAGUGUCUGCGGUGGUCACCAAGUCCUGGCCACUCAGUGAUGGAGUGCCUGUGAGCGGCCUGGACGAGGUUUUAACACACUUGCUCACGGGGCCUGACGUCAAGGAGCUCUUCAAGUUGUAUGGAAUGGAUGAGAAAAUGUUAGCCAAUAUCACAGAGGACAGCCGGCAGCUGCUGGACACUGCCAACUCCGUGUGGACAGAAGUUGUUGGUGACCUCCUACAAGGAAGACUUACAGUUGGACAGAUGGAGCUGAUCCUGAAGCACAAGAAUCAGUUUCUUGACAUUUGGCAGAUACGUGAAAAAAGCAUUUCAUCCCAGGAGAGACAGCACGAUGUGGAGGCUGUACUGGAGUGGAGACUCACUGAACUCCGGUUUCUAAAGAGAGAGAAGCAAUCUGUUGGUAGUCUCUUAAGCUUGUGUGAGAAGGUGCAACACCUGGUGAAAGUGGACUUUGGAGAGAUUGUGCAUAAACACAGGGAAGUCCUCAGCGAUAGGAGGUUGUGUGAGGUUGUGACAGUGAGAUUGCCUACAUGCUCAGACGCAGAGCUCAGGACUCACUACAAGCUGAGCCCCGAGGUCCAGGAGAUGGCGGAAAAGGCAGACAGGCUGCGGGACAGUCACCUCUUCCAGAUGUUCUGGGAAGAAGCUGCAGAGGCGCUGAGGGAGGAGGAGGAGGAGGAGGACGACUCAGAAGAGCAGACAAUCCUGCUUGAAGACCUGUACUAUUUUUUGUAUCAACCUUGCUAUAAACAGUUCACCAGACUCUAUGAGAACCUGAAGUCAGGAGAUGUUACCUUGGAAGAAAUGGAUAUUGUCUUCAAGGACUUUGUCAAUAAAUACACUGAGCUCACCUCGGAGCUCCAGGUCAUGUGCUCUGUGGACAUCAAUGACCGGAAGUGCUGGAUCCCGGAGCGUGUGGAGCAGAUACAGGAGUACCAUCACCUGCAUCUGGCUGCUAAUGCGGCCAAGGUUAUUAUGAAGGUCAAGGAGAACCUGGGCCUGGCUGGCGACUUCACUGUUCUUCACACUUUGUUAAAUGUGACUGAAGACUUUGAGAGCAUUCGCCACGAGAAGAUGAGUCAGAUUAGCCAGGGGCUUAUCCGUGCCAAGAAGAUGGUUGAGGACAUCCAAGGUGGGCGCUGCCAGUGCCUGGAGGAGCUGUCCCAGAGGAAGGAGUUCGUUAACUGGGUCCAGGAGGCCCUUGGAGACUUCAACGAGCUGAAGGUGUUUGUGGACCUGGCCUCCAUCUCGGCUGGUGAGAACGACAUUGACGUGGACCGCGUGGCCUACUUCCACGAUGCAGUGCAGGGCUACGCCUCUCUGUUGUACAAGCUGGACAGAAAGGCAGGCUUUGAGGAGUUCAUGGGCCACCUGGGAGAGCUGUGGAAGGCUCUAGAAAAGGACCCACACUUGCCCAAUAAGCUGAGAGAUUCUGCCAGGAGCCUGGACUGGCUGAAAACAGUGAAGGAGAGUCAUGGGUCUGUGGAGCUCUCCUCCCUGUCCCUGGCAACAGCCAUCAACGAGAAGGGCAUCUAUGUCAUCCAGGCUCCGCAAGGUGGCCACGUGGCCUCCCCGCACUCGGUCCUCCGCUUGCUCCUCCCUGAGAGCCAGGGCCCCCAGCAGGUGCGAGAGUGCUCCCUGGAGGAGCUAAGGGAGCUUCUGAACAAGCUCAUGCUCAUGUCCGGCAAGAAAGACCAGCACAGCACUGAGGUGGAGGUGUUCUCCGAGGUGUUUUCCAACGUGCAGAGGCUUGUUGAGUCCUUUCUAAACCUCUACUCUGCUGGGAACCUGCUGUUCAGGAACUGGAUAGUGGAGGUGUACUGCUCCCCCAGGAACGAUGUUUCCAUCCGCAUGGACUUCAACCUGGAGCCAGUGGGCCAGCUCCGGGGCACUGGGGCGGUGGCCGAGCUGCUGGAAGCUCUCUGCAGGCAGAUGGAGCAUUUCCUGGAGCUCUGGAAGGACUUCGUGGCACAGAAGCGAGCCCAGCACUUCUACCUCAACUUCUACACGGCCGAGCAGCUGGUCUACCUGAGCACGGAGCUCGUGGAGGCCCAGCCCAGCCAGGCUGCCCUGGUGAUGCUGUCCUUCAUCAAAGCUGAUUGCACUCCGAAAGACGUGGCAGAGGCUGCCCGCAGGGCCGGCGGAGAGGCCAGCAGAGCGCGUGAGCAGAGGGUGACGGCAGAAUUCCUGCCAUCUGAGCUCAGCCUGGUGGACAAGCUGAAGGCCAUCACGGAGCAGUCCAUGGUGUGCAUGAAUGCCUUCCUGCCCCAGUGCCUGGACCUGGAUGCCCUUGGCCAGUGUCUGGCCCAGCUGGCCUUGAUGAGCGGGAGCCCCGUGGAGCGGCACCUGCCCAGAAGCUUACAGGUUGGCCAACCCAAUCUGGUGGUCUGUGGCCACUCAGAGGUGCUGCUGGCCGCCCUGGUCAUCUACAUGCAGGCUCCCGGGCAGCCCCUGCCCACCUACGAUGAGGUGCUGCUCUGCACCCCAGCAACCACGUUUGAGGAAGUAGCUCUACUCCUGCGUCGCUGCCUCACCCCAGGCUCCCGGGGCCGCAAGGUCUACAGCCUGUUGAAUGCUGACCAGCUGGGCUAUGAGGUGGGCUGCCAGGCAGAGGACCUCUUCCACCAGCUGUGUCUGCAGCGCCACCCCGAGGACUACCAGCUCGUCCUGGUCUGUGACAGUGACCGUGAACACUGCUACCUGCCCUCGGCCUUCAGCCAGUACCGAGUCCCCGUCACCCCGCAGGCCUCUCUAGAGGACAUCCAGACCUACCUGGCCAGUCACUUUCAGGUCCCUCUGCAGAUCCCGUCGGCAGCUGCGGAGUUCAAGGACCGGAUGAGCGUCGGGGUGGUGGUCUCACAGACAGCCAGUGUUGGAAAAUCUCUGUAUGUGAAGAGACUGCAUCAAAAACUCCAGAGGAAAUUUUCUGAGGAAAAUGUUCCUCUCAAUGUCAUCAGACUGAUGGAUCCCCAAGUGAAUGAGAGCCAGGUCCUGGGUGCCCUCCUGCCGUUCCUGCGCAGAAAGCACCGGGCCCGGCCUGCCGUGUUCCACCUGGAUGUAGCCGCCUCAGUACAGUCUGGAAUUUGGGAAUUUCUUUUCAAACUCCUGGUUUUACAAUAUCUAAUGGAUGUCAACGGGAAAAUGUGGCUUCGGAAUCAAUGCCAUCUGUAUAUUGUUGAAAUCCUGGAGGAGAAUCCGGCCCUGCCAAAACGACCUUCAAAACUGGGUGCCCGCGCCCCACAAUUUGGUUUUCUUGACAUCUUCCCAAAGGUCACAUGCAGGUCUCCAAAGGAGGUGAUGGACAUAGGUCUGCACCCUGCCCACAGCCCCGGAGACCCCGGCAUGGACCCUACCGAGUUCCGCAGUGAGACCUUCCAGAGACCGUACCAGUAUUUAAAACGAUUCUAUCAAAACCAAAACCUAGACAUGUUUCAGUACCAAGAAGGUGUUGUCGAAGACACCCCAGAAGAGUGCCUCCAGCACCUCCUGAUUUACUGUGGGGUGAUCAACCCUUCGUGGUCAGAGCUCCGGAAUUUUGCUCGCUUCCUGAAUUACCAGCUUAGGGACUGUGAGGCCUCUGUGUUCUGUAAUCCUGCAUUUACCGCAGACACGCUCAGGGGCUUCAAGAACUUUGUGGUUACCUUCAUGAUCUUUAUGGCAAGAGACUUUGCAACCCCAACCCUGAACACCUCUGACCAGAGCCCAGGGAAGCCUAUGGUCACCAUGGACGGGGUCAGGGAGGAGGAUCUGGCCCCUUUCACUCUGCGGAAGAGAUGGGAGUCAGAGCCCCACCCCUACGUUUUCUUCAAUAGUGAUCACAUAUCCAUGACGUUCAUUGGCUUCCAUUUCCAGCCGAACAAUAAUGACGGUGUUGACGCCAUCAAUCCCCUGAGUGGGAAGGUGAUUAAGAAGGACGUCAUGCGGACAGACCUGUACAAUGGGCUCCUGCUCCAGCGGGUCCCCUUUAACAUUGACUUUGACCAGCUGCCCAGAGGUGAUAAACUGGAAAGGCUGUGCAUGGCCUUAGGAAUCCAGUGGGCCAUUGACCCUGAUGAGACCUACGAGCUCACAACGGACAACAUGCUGAAGAUCCUGGCCAUUGAGAUGCGCUUCCGGUGCGGGAUCCCCGUGGUCAUCAUGGGAGAAACCGGCUGUGGGAAAACACGGCUCAUUAAAUUCCUUAGCGACCUGCGGCGUGGGGGUGUUGAGGCAGAAACCUUUCACCUGGUCAAGGUCCACGGAGGCACCACGGCGGACAUGAUCUACUCCAGAGUCCGGGAAGCCGAGAGCAUUGCUCUCUUCAAUAAGCACCAGCACCACCUCGACACCAUCCUGUUCUUUGAUGAAGCCAACACCACAGAAGCCAUCAGCUGUAUCAAGGAAGUUCUGUGUGACCACACGGUGAACGGCAAGCCUCUGGCUAAGGACUGUGGGCUGCACAUCAUCGCCGCCUGCAACCCUUACCGCAAGCACUCGCGGGAGAUGAUCUGCCGGCUGGAGGCUGCGGGGUUGGGGUACAGAGUGAGCGCAGAGGAGACCACCGAGAAGCUUGGCUCCAUUCCUCUGCGCCAGCUGGUCUAUCGAGUCCAUGCCCUGCCACCCAGCCUCAUCCCACUUGUGUGGGACUUUGGACAACUGAAUGAUGUCACUGAAAAGAUCUACAUCCAGCAGAUUGUCCAGAGACUCGUUGACUCGCUGGAGAUGGAGCCAGCCGAGACUCGUCUGAUCACGGAAGUGCUCUCUGCCUCUCAGGGCUUCAUGCGGAAAAGAGAAAAUGAGUGCAGCUUUGUCAGCCUCCGGGACGUGGAGCGCUGUGUGAAAGUCUUCACGUGGUUUCAUGAGCACCGUGAAAUGCUGUCACAGCUGCCUUGGUCAAAUGUCCUAAAGCACCAGUGGGUGAGAGAUCCUGUCGUCUGCUAUCUGGUGCAGGCCAUCGGGGUGUGUUACCAUGCCUCUCUAGAGAAGAAAGAAUCGUAUCGCAAAGCCAUCUGCAAGUACCUUCCGAAACCCUAUGAUGACAGUAAGGUCAUCCUGAAUGUGAUCACUCAGACACAGGAUCUUUUCCUGAAUGGCGUGUCUCUGAGGCAGACCAUCGCCAAGAACUUGGCCCUGAAGGAGAAUGUCUUUAUGAUGACCAUCUGCAUCGAGCUGAGGAUCCCUCUCUUCCUAGUGGGCAAGCCUGGCAGCUCCAAAUCUCUCGCCAAGACCAUCGUGGCUGACGCCAUGCAGGGCCCGGCGUCCUGCUCCGAGCUCUUCCGGAACCUGAAGCAGGCCCACCUGGUGUCCUUCCAGUGCAGCCCGCACUCGACCCCGCAGGGCAUCAUCGGGACUUUCCGGCAGUGCGCACGCUUCCAGCAGGACAAGGACCUGCAGCAGUACGUGUCUGUCGUGGUGCUGGAUGAGGUCGGGCUGGCCGAAGACUCGCCCAAGAUGCCCCUGAAGACGCUGCACCCGCUGCUGGAAGACGGCUGCAUUGAGGAUGACCCCAGCCCCCAUAAGAAGGUCGGCUUCAUAAGCAUUUCUAACUGGGCCUUGGACCCCGCCAAGAUGAACCGGGGCAUUUUUGUGUCACGUGGCAGUCCCAACCAGGUAGAGCUCAUCGAGAGCGCCAAGGGCAUUUGCCACUCAGACACCUUAGUCCAUGACAGAGUCCAAGGGUACUUUGCCCCUUUCGCCAAAGCCUAUGAGGCUGUGUGCAAGAACCAAGACAAGGAAUUCUUCGGGCUCCGCGACUACUACAGCCUCAUCAAAAUGGUCUUCGCUGCCGCCCGUGCUUCCAGCGGGAAGCCCUCCCCGCGAGACAUCACCCAGGCCAUCCUGCGGAACUUCAGUGGCAAGGACAACCUCGACACCAUGGGCCUUUUCCUGGCCCACCUGCCCGAGGCCAGGUGCUCGGAGGACAUCAGCACCCUGCAGCUGAUCCAGGAGAACAUUUACAGACGCCGCCCGCAGGGCUCCGGUGGGGAGGCCGACGAGGCCGACUGCCGCUACCUGCUGGUGCUCACCCAGAACUACGCCGCCCUGCAGAUCCUCCAGCAGAAGUUCUUCACCGAGGACCAGCAGCCAGAGGUCAUCUUCGGCUCCAGUUUCCCCAAGGACCAAGAGUACACCCAAGUGUGCCGGAAUAUCAACCGCGUGAAGAUCUGCAUGGAGGCCGGCAAGAUGGUGGUCCUCCUCAACCUGCGAAGCCUCUACGAGAGCCUGUACGACGCGCUCAACCAGUACUACGUCUACCUGGGCGGCCAGAAGUACGUGGACCUGGGCCUGGGCACCCACCGUGUCAAGUGCAGGGUUCACCCCGACUUCCGCCUGAUCGUCAUUGAGGAGAAAGAGGUUGUGUACACACACUUUCCCAUUCCCCUCAUCAACCGGCUGGAGAAGCAGUAUCUGGACAUCAACACGGUGUUGGAGAAGUGGCAGAAAAACAUUGUGGAAGAGCUCAAGGCGUGGGUGGAGAAAUUCGUGCGUGUGAAAGACCCGUUCCAGACGACACAGAGGUACAACCCAGCCAGCGUCUUCAUCGGCUACCACUCGGACACGUGUGCCUCUGUGGUGCUUCAGGUCACCGAAAGGCUGGGCUCCGGGGACUCGCCCGGAAACGGCUACCAAGGGUCACUGCAGGAGGCGCAGGCGGUGCUGCUGGGCUGUGCCACGCCGGACGCGGUGGUGCGCCUGGGCGCGUCCGCGCUGGGGACCUUCGUGGCGCAGUCGCUGGCCAAGCAGUAUUACGAGCUGCAGCAGCACAACUCCUUCGCUGACUUCCUCCAGGCCCAGCUGCGCGCGGUGGAGCCGGGACGCCACGCCACCUUCACAGAGAUCACCACUUUCUCCAGACUGCUCACCAGCCAUGACUGUGGGGUUUUAGAAUCUGAGGUGGCCGGCCAGGCUCCGCGGCCCACCAUCCUGUCGCUGCAACAGUUUGACACAGAGUACUCAUUCCUCAAGGGCAUCAGAAACUGCCUCGCCAGCCCAGCCAGCCGUAAAAUCCUCAUUAUUCAGACAGACUAUGAAGACACGCCUCACGGUGCUCAGCUCAUUGCCUCAGCCAAGCAUUCUGCUGUAAAUGAAAUCAACAAGAUGCAGGGAAAGAACAGCUGUGUCUUGGUCUACUUCCUCACCAAGCUGUCCCGGAUGGGAAGUGGAGCAUCCUACGUGGGAUUCCACGGAGGGCUGUGGCAGUGUGUGCACAUCGACGACCUCCGCCGGUCCACCGUCAUGGUCGCCGAUAUCACCAAGCUGCAGAACGUCUCCAUCAGUCAGCUCUUCGAGCCGGAGGACAAGGCUGGUGACGACGCUGAGAUGAGACACAUUGGCGAAGAGGAGAUGGAAAUGGAGAGCAGCGAACCAGGGGAGAUGGCCGAGGCGCCGGGCAGUGAGGGCCCUGGGCCAGGACGCAGAGAGGCUGCCCCGUGUACCCAGACCCUGGACACCACCAGGCUGCUGCGGAGCUGCGUGCAGGGCGCGGUGGGGAUGCUCAGGGACCAGAACCAGGGCACGCGCAACAUGAGGAGGGUGGAGAUCCUGCUCGGCCUCCUGGACCCGGAGGAGGAUUUCAGGGCCUCUUUCUUAAGGGUCUGCAAGAAGCACCUGUAUCUUCUGUUGAAGAGACAAGAGAGCAGCAUGUUCAACGCGAAGGAGUGGGUGGUGCGGGAGGCCUCCAAUGAGAACGCCCUCCAGGAGGCGGGCACCUUCAGGCAUACCAUUUGGAAACGGGUCCAGAAUGCAGUGACUCCUCUCCUGGCCCAGAUGAUAUCUUUCAUUGACAGAGAUGGCAACCUUGAGCUACUGGCCAACCCAGAUUUUCCACCCUGGGCAAGAGACCUUUGGAUGUUUAUUUUCAGUGACAUUAAACUUCUCAACAUUCUUCCUCAGAUGAAUGACACAAGGUCCAGGAACGAGGUGGCCUAUGUCGUGGUCCACAAUGAGAUGAAGUGUGCCGUGACCAGCGUCCCGUUUAGCUGGCGGAUCAGCGACUACCUGGAGGAGCUGUGGGCCCAGGCCCAGUACAUCACAGGUGCCGAAGGGCACUCGGAGAAGCUGGUGGAGAUCUUCGAGCAGACUCCCCUGGGAAGGUUUCUUGCUGAGCUCAGCGGCCAGCAGCAACAAAUACUCCUGCACUGGUACCUGGAGGACUUCCUUCGCUUGACCAUGAGCGUGUCCAGCAGUGAGGAGCUGAGGUUUCUACAGAUGGCCCUGUGGUCCUGUGUCUGCCAGCUGAAAGCGGCGUCACGAAGGCCGGAGAAAGGGGUGUCCCUGUCAUGGGUGCACCUUGCUUUUCAGAGCUUUAGGAACCGGCUGCAGAACUUCUCCAGGAUCCUGACUGUCUGUCCCCAAGUUCUAGGCAUCCUGGAGGAAGCAGUGCAAACUCGAGGCCUGUUGGAGUGUGAGAUGACGCUGGACGUAAAUGCCGCCGUGGCAUGUGCUGAGAUGCUGACCAGGCACCUCCUGCAGCCCAGCCCCCAAGCCUGGCUGCAGACAGUGAAGAGCCUGUCCACGCCCCUGGAGCUGCUGUGUUCCGAGGGGCUCGUGCAAGGCUGUGGGAGCAUGGUCACCGCCCUGGUCAGGGAGCUCAGGACACAGUGGAACAGGAUAUUCUCCGUUGCCCUCUUUGUGGAGCAUGUGCUGCUGGGGACAGAGGGUCAGAGUGCUGAGCUGCGCGCGUUGGUGACCGAUUACACCAUCUCCCUCAACAAGUGUCUAGAAGACAACUCCGACAUCAAGAGCCACAGGCCUUUUGCAGCCAUAAUGACCACUCUCCGUAAAUGUAAGGACCACGCCAGCAAGACCUUCUCCAGGCUUGAAGUUCAGCCGUGCCCCAGCUGCCUGGCAGAUGCACGGGACCCUGUGUGCCUGCCCUGUGACCACGUGUUCUGCCAUGGCUGCAUUAAAGCCAGGCUCAUCCUGGGAGAGAUGAGAUGUCCCUCCUGCUUAACCGACUUGCCGGAGGACUUCUCUCUCACUGUUUCCCAAGAGCACAGGGAUGCCGUCGAGAAACACGCGCAGUUCCGGCAGCUGUGCAACGGCUUCUUCGUAGACCUGGUCUCCACCAUGUGCUUCAGAGACAACACCCCUCCUCAGAAGGACGUCGUAGAGGCCCUGCUCGCGCUGCUCUUUGUACAAAAGACGCUUCUGAGGGAGGAGUCCCAGAGACACCGUGAGCACACAAAGUUCCUCUCUCCAUUCGAUGAUGUGGUAGAUAAGACUCCUGUCAUCCGCUCAGUGGUGCUGAAACUGCUGCUGAAGUACAGUUUCAAUAAAGUAAAAGAUUAUAUCCAGGAUUACUUGUCCACACUGGAAAAGAAAGAAUUCCUCCUUGAAGAUAAGACUGAGCUGUACACACUGGUUAUCAACUGCCUGGAGGACUCGAUACACGAAAAGACCAGCGCUUGCUCUGAGAACCAGGCGCUGAGCUACCUGCUAGAGGACGUCCACUUCCUCAGGACCCUCACAGAGGAGGCGGCGUGGAGGGGCGGCCGCGGGCCUGCUGCAGAGGCCUCCGUGGGUUACCUGCAGCAGGUGGCCCGCCUGCGCCUUUGUCUCAACAGAGCCGCAGAUUUCCUCUUCGAGGUUCACACUGGCUCAGAGACAACCGAGGAAAGACGGCGCUACCUGCAGGAGGUGGAGCGCCUGUGCGUGCACAGCGGCAACGACUGGUUCCGUGUGUACCUGGUGAGGAGACUCACGAGUCAGUACACCGUGGACUUUGUGCAGAGCCUGGCCAGACGCGGCCACCCGGCCCAGUGGGUGUUCCCCAAGGAGGUCAUUGCCCAGCAGGUGAGCAGGGCGGAUUACCCAGGCCAGCUGGACCGCUUCCUGGUGUACGGUGACGGAUACAAGGCUCUUCGAGAUGCAGUGGGCAAAGCCGUCCUGCAGUGCAACCCCGAGGGCCUCAGAGCCACACUGGAGGCCUGCAGGGGUCCUCAGACUCAGCAGGCGGUGCACUUGCUUUUGGCACUUUUCCGAGAGGUUGCUGUGCUGUACCGAUCCCAGAAUGCCGCCCUCCACCCCCGGCCAGAGCAAUGUGAAGCCAUGAUUGGACUAGUUGAAGAAACCACAAUCCUUUCUCCUGAAGCCAAGAAUUUUGCAAAGUCCCUCGUGACUAACACUCUGCCAUUGCUGGCGACACGUCCCAGUGAGGGGGGCCUUGAAGCAGUGGUCACAGAGAUGGCUGUCCAUGCUGCGGCCGUCCUUCUCCACGCACAGGACCGGGUCUUGGAACCCCUGAGGAACUUGGCCUUCUUCCCAGACAGCAUGGUGAAUGCUUUUCUACCCACCAUGCCUGAAGACUUGCUGGCUCAAGCUCGGCGCUGGCAGGGUCUGGAAACCGUGCAGUGGUAUGCUUGUCCUAACGGCCAUCCGUGCUCGGUGGGAGAGUGCGGCAAGCCAAUGCAGCAAGCCUCCUGUCCUGACUGUGGUGCCCCGAUCGGAGGUGUCAAUCACACGCCCACGCCUGGCUUUUCUCUCAUCUCAAAUAACACAGACAGAACUCAGACUGGCCAUGUGCUGGGAAACCCUGUUGCCAGAGACACGGUGGUAGUUUCAGACCGAGCCCUCUCCCCAGUGGUCUUCAUUCUCCUCCGCUUGCUCACACACCUGGCUCUGCUCCUGGGAGCCACCAAGAGUCCCCAAGCUUUGAGAAACCUCAUCAAGCCUCCCGUGCAGGAUCCACAGAGGUUCCUGCAGCAGCACAUUCAGAGGAACGUGGAGCAGCUGACCAAGAUGCUGGGCAAGAGCGCUGACGAGACUGCUCACCUGGUGCACCUGACACUGCGCUGCCUCCUCUCCAGCUCGAGCCAGUGUAAGGACCGAAGGCACUUACAUUUUGAUGCAAGAUUGUCCACCAGAGAGCUGAGAAACAGCUGGGAGAAGGCUGUGGAGCCGAUCAUUUCCUCUGAGCUGGAGCAUCUCGACAAAACUCUGCUGGCUGUCAACGCUCUCAUCAGCCAAGAUGAACGCGUCAGCUCCAACCCCGUGGCCAAAAUCAUCUACGGCGACCCUUCGGCCUUCCUGUGUCACCUGCCCCAAAAGAGCGCGGUCCAUUGCUCUAAGAUGUGGAGACCCAGAAAGAGGGUCACCGCCGAGCACCUGCAGCACGUGGUGGAGCAGAAAAGCAGCCGGGAGGCAGUGCCCGUCCUCUGGAAGUUCCUGCAGAUGGAACCAGAACUGAGACUGGUGAAAUUCCUGCCUGAGAUUUUGGCCCUGCAAAGGAACCUGGUAAAGCGAUUCCAGAAUGUGUCAGAGGUCAAAUUCAGAUCCCUCAAGGAUUUUAUCAGCAGUCAGGAGUCAGAUGGGAUGAAAAAGUUGUUUCAUGACAAAAUCACUGUCUUUCUCAUGACGUGGAACCAGCUGAGGAAAUCACUCGAGACCAGCGGUGAGCUCAAGCUUCCUCAGGACUACUGCAGCACCGACCUCGAUCUGGACGCCCCCUUUGAGGUCAUCCUGCCGCGGCGCCGGGAGCGGGGCCUCUGUGCCACCGCCUUAGUCAGCUACCUGAUCCACCUGCACAAUGAGAUGGUGCGUACAGUGGACGAGUUCUCCACGGAAAGGAGCAGCUACGUCAUCGAUGCCUCUGAAGUCACCGACCUGCACGUCAUCAGUUACGAGCCGGAGCGGGACCUGAUGCCCCUGAUUCUCUCCAACUGCCAGUACAGAGUGGAGCAGGGUGGAGAAGCCCUGCAGGAGUUCGACCUCGAGAAGAUCCAGCGCCAGCUCACCGGCCGCUUCCUCCAGGGCAAACCCAGGCUGACCCUCAAGGGGAUACCUACUCUGGUAUACAGACAUGACCGGAACUAUGAACACCUCUUCACAGACAUCAAGAAUAAGAUACACCAGGAACCUCUCCCCAGUGCAGCCCUCAGUACCCUCAGUGGACAGCUGCAGUCCUUCAGCGACGCCUGUGAAGCUCUGUCAGUCAUAGAAGUCACCUUGGGCUUUCUGAGCACGACUGGUGGUGAUGCGAACAUGCCCCUGUUAACGUAUAUCCAAGACAUCUUGCGCAUGGGUGAUCAGACGAAUCCUAUUUUAGAGGCCCUCACCAGGUGUCAGCUCCAGCACACCAUCGCCCUGUGGCACGUCCUCUCCUCCCACAAGUGCGAGCAGCUGCUACGACAGGGACACGACCCGUUUAGGGAAAUUGGUUCCAUGUAUAAGGCGGAACUAGGCGCAGCAGACGCCAGGCUCCUCCGUACCUUCCUGCAGCAGACGGACCUGGACAGCUUCCUGCUGGAGCUGCAUGAGCUGAUUGUCCUCAAGUUAAAGCGCCUGCCCACCGAGGAUGGUUUCAACCCGACGUGGCCCCUGAGGGUUACUCUGGUGAAUUACAUGCAUGGAAAAGAAAGUGACAUUCCUCCCGAACUGGAAUUUGACUUUCCAGAAGACAUUCUCCUCUCCAGCUGCGUCUCCGUAUGGAACAUGGCGGCCAGGCUGAAGCAGGCCCGGCACGACGGUGAGAAAGCGCUGCCUGUCCCUGAAGCACCCCCUUUUGGUCUUGGUGCAGCUACGGCAGCACCAGGCCCUCAUACACACGCCAGGGCCGUCCCAAACAGCACUCUUCACCGUGUGUCCCUUGACAUGGCCUCAGCCCUGGUCACAGUGCAGGCACAGCUGCUGGACAGCGCCUGCCUCUGGAACCCUGCCCAGGACACAGAGAGCGAGGGUUCUGAGCGGCUGGUGCUCCCUGCCCACCUGGACCCUGACCAGGGUGCCCUCAGUGGCCAGCUGCCCAGCUGCGAGGCCCGAGGGCCUGUAUGUCCGGCUGGGGUGUAA